AUGGUCUGGACCAGGGUCUCCUUUCCUGUGCUUCUUCGUUCCUCCUUGUCCGUCCUCCUUCUUGAGUACCUCCUGCUGCCUGCCUGGCCCGGUGUUUCCAGUAGCCCUUUGGCCCCCAGCACCAGCUCCGCUCCUCCUGCUCGGAGCACUUUGGAUGCUGUACCGACCAGCGAUGCCACCUCUGGUAAGAGUUCAGCCCUAAGAGCGACCAGCAUCGUGACCAUCCCUGCUCUGCGCUCACUCUACAGUCAGGCUGAACCAAAAAGCAUGAACUCAUUGCUGUCGAACACCACCACGCCCUCUGCUACCACUCGACAGAAUCCAGCUCCGGGCUGCCGACCCGGGUUCGAUCCAACGUACUCCUACCUGUGCGACACUGCAGUUGUUUGGGGAAUCGUUGUGGAAUCUUUGGCAACCUUGGGGUUCCUCAUCACGGCAGGGUUAGUGGUGGGCGUGGCUGGCUGGACAACGUGUGGAUGUCUCUGUGGGGCGACGGCCACUUGCAGAGAUGCCGCUCCUCUACUCCUGUUUCUGCUAGGAACGGGAGGGAUUUUUGGCCUGAGCUUUGCCUUCAUCAUCCGACUCACCCCGCAGACCUGCCCCACCCGGGUGUUCCUCUUCGGGGUGCUCUUCUCGCUGUCCUUCUCUGCUCUGCUGUCCCGCUGCCUGGUCCUGCAGGAGCUCCGGGUGUCCAGGGGCUGGGGGGAAGUGGGGCUUACGCUCGCCCUCUCUGCCAUUCAGGUGAUCAUCGCCACGGAGUGGCUCAUCACGGUGCUGGUUCAAGACCACCGUCCUUGCUUUUACACACAGGGAGAAUUUGUCAUGCUCCUCAUUUACGUCCUGUGUCUCCUUGCAGUGACGCUAAUCAUCUCAAUACGCUGCUUGUACCGCUCCUGCCACACGUACAGCUACAGUUACACUGGUGGGAGCCACAGGCACGCCAAGGUCCAAUACAUACUGCUCUGGGUGACUCUAGUUCUUUCGGCAUCCAUUUGGGUCAUUUGGAUCACUCUGCUGACCUGGGGAGAGCAGGAAAUGGGUCGGCAACCGGUCUGGGAUGACCCAGUUCUGAGCGUUGCUCUCGUGUCCAAUGGCUGGGUCUUCCUGUUGGGACAUGGUGUGGCUCAGGUGGUGUUUCUGUGCCGAUCUGAGACAAGAGGGAAGGACAUCCCAGAAGCUGCUGAUCGACAGAUCAGUCCUCGAAGCAGCAUCCCUGGGCUGGGAUACCCUAAGCUGCAGGGCAACACCUGGGCCCUCCAGAACAAGACUGAGAAAGAAAGAGGAAGACAAAGAGAUCAAGUUCUGGAAUCUCCGUAUGAGUCGGCGUUCACUGUCACAGACAUCGACCCGAACAGAGAUUACUCUAUUCCCCGGCCUCAGACCACACACGGUUAUGAACCCUAUGAUGAAUACUCUAUAUACAGCAUUGCAGAAUGA